AUUAGAUAUCGUUUAAUUCCCUAACAAAUAAAUUGUUUUAUAACGUAUAGAAAAAUAUUAGAUCUAAUAAAAUGAAGUACGUGAAUAAAAAAAUUAAAUUUUUAUAAAAAAAACUUUAGUACACAUAUGACAAUUGACAAUUAACCUAAUUUCUAUAUAACUUUAGUCACAAACAACAUUGAUGUUGUCAAGUUUAUCUGCAUGUGGAUAAAUUAUAAUUUUUAUUUAUUAAUGAUAAUCCCUACAUUUCAAUUCGAAAUUAGGUUUUUAUGAAGAAUCCUUUGAGAAAAUUAGUUUACGCAUUUUAUUUUUAUUCAAAACAUUGAAUCUAAAACUUUUUAAGAGUAUUUUAUUAGAGAAUUUGUUAAUAUAUAACACGUUCAAUGUGAUCAAUAUUUUUUGAAAAUGACCAUUUUCAGUAUUGCAAGUGUAGUUUGAGAAAAAUCAACAAUUUUUGUUUCUUAAUAAGGGAAACCUGGAAUUUCGUAAUAACUGGCAAUGUCGAUAUAUUAUGACGAUGAUUAUACAGACUUUAUUUAAUCAAUAAUCAUCAAAUGUUUACCUAAUGACAGAUUUAAUCAACUAAUGUUUUUAUCCGGAAAAUAGUCAUAGAUCGUAAUGAUAAAAGGGGUCAAAAGUUAUACCAUUAUCGUUGCAAGUGUAGUUUCUUAAUGCACAAUUAUAUUUGUGCAAAAUGUAGUUAUUUAUAAAGCACAUUAAAUAUAUUUUUCUUAAUAAUAGUAGCAACAAUUAGAAAUAAUAUAAUGGAGUCUUCUACAUUUUCUCCAGAGUAUUUUACUCCAGUUUCCAAUGUAACAUCGAAGCAUUUAAAUUUAGAUGACAUCAAAAUGGAUUCAAACUUCGCAAUGUUACUUUGUAGUUUGGUUUUCGCUGUAUCUUGGGUCAUAUAUAUCACGUAUUACAAUUCUAGAGUUAUUGGAUAUGUUAUCACAAAAAUUGUUAAUAAACUAUUUAUUAGAGAAGGCUUUUUCAAAAUAGGAUCUUUAACUUUAAAUGCGCUCUCCGGGAAGAUAAUGUUCAGAGAUGUGGUAUAUAUUACCCACGAUUACACAGUGAGGGUUCAAGAUGGUUAUUUAAUCUUUAGAUGGUGGAGAUCUUAUGUUCCCAAGGAUGUUAGUGAAGAUUUAUCGCAUUCUGAUACAAGAUUAUCUGUAAUGUUAAAUGUAUUUGAACUUCAUGUUUACAACCGCUCAGAACUUUAUUCGAGAUUAGAAAAAGUUUUUGGUUUAAGUCCGACCAUAUUUCCAAAUAAUGAAAAACUUGAUACAGACACUGAAAAAAAUGAGGAUGGUGCUCAAGUGGCUCUGAAAAAAUCUUCAAAAAAGCAAAAACCGGAAGCUGCAAUGGCAAAAACGUGGAGAGAUUUGAUACCAGUCAUAAAGUGUGAUGUUUCAUCUAGUCGUGUAGUAUUUGGCAAUCACUUAAUCCCUACAACUCUAAGCAUAACUUUUGAAGAGUCCCACUUUGUUUAUUCUACCAAACCAGCAGUGUGCACCCUCGACAGAUUUAUGCAUUUUGUUAAAUGUAAAGCUGAAAAUGUUAAAGUUAUGUUAGCACCUAGUAUUAAAUAUACAGGAAUGUUAGACGAUCCUCCAAGGUAUAUGGGUGAAGGUUUUGUACUGAUGUCAACCAAUGAUGUGGAGUUAUAUUUUUACAUGGAUGAACCAGGAUUAGUACCUGAAGAACCUGUUUUAAUCACUUUAGCCAAUGGAGAAAUUGUGGAACCAAGUCCGCCACAAUGGGGAAUCGACAUUAAAUGUGGAAAAGGAACUGAUUUUAGCUAUGGACCUUGGGCUGACCGACAAAGAGAACACCUUUUCAAGUUUUUCUACCCUCAGGACUAUUUACCAAUGGAAGUAACUGUUCCACCUAAACCGGGAGAAAAAAGACAAAUGCAGUCUUUUGAUGUAAGAUUAUUGAUGCAAAAUGAAGCCACUAUAGAUAUAUUAUUUACAAAAGAUAAAGAAACUAAUGCCGUUCACAUCAAUGUAGGUGCAGGGAGCUAUUUGGAGGUUACCAUACCCUGGGUGACUUCAGAAUCAGGUUACACCACCGUGAUUAAAGGUCAACUAUUACAUUUGGAAUCGACUACUAGUUUGCAGUUUCGAGAUUUUGUUGAAAGCGAAACUUUGGAAUUUUCGAUUUUGUGUCACUAUCCCCUUGUAUGGAAUGAUCACCAGUUGUGGGAAGUUAACCUCACGGGAUGUAAAGCUACUAUUAAUUUAAUUUUCUUCCACAAAUGGUUUUUCACAGAUUUAAUAAACGAUUGGGCCUCAAAACAACGUCCGGAUUUAAUUAAUUUUGUUCCAUACACUUGGAGAUUUGGUUUAACAUUGAAACAUUGUGAACUAGUUACUCUAGUUAACCAAUACAAUUGGAUAGAUUGUAGCAGUGCAGGACAAAGAAACCGAUUAGAAAAUACUCAGCUAGCAUUAUGUGCUCACUUUUUACAUCUAUCUUUUGAUUUACCUUUUGAUGAAUACUUACCAAUAACAGUACCAGUUAAUUUGUCUAUACAGGGAGAGAGUAUAGACUUGAGUUUAUUUAUUCCUGAAUUCCACACCAGUCGUAAUAUAAUUUUAGCUCUAGAAAAACAUGCCAAAGUAUUAUCAAAAGAUGGUUCAACUACCAAAAAAACAGAAGCUAUACCAAAAUGGAGAAAUAUGUGUCAAAAAAGUUCCGGUUGGGUGGACUUCUGGUGGGUACCUAUAGGAGCCAUAAACAUCAUUUACACUUAUCAUCCGAGUCCCCCUCUAGGGCCUCAACCACAAGCUAACAUUUCCACUCCAGUGAAAGAAGAAAUAUUGUUAUCUCCGAUACGAUUUCCUCAUCAGAGAAAAAAUCGAAAACGUUCUCCGGAUGGCACAAAGAAAUUCGAUCCGACAACUCUACCAGCUGAUACGGUAAGCGUAGAACUGGAAAUCGGACCCUCUGUUCUUCUUGUUUACGGAACUGCUUUGAAAAAUUUCAUGAAUUUCAAGGAAAACAUUUUUGGGGAAUUUCAAAGUUUCACAGAUAUGCAAAAGGUUGUCAACUUAGAUGGGAGUAGCUCCGAUUUAAAAUCAGGAGAUAGUGACAGCAGUAUUCCAUUAGAACUUCGGGAAGAUUUUGAUCACAGAUACUACAGACCUCUAGCUGUGGAUGUAUCCAUAAUAAUGCAUGAUAUUCAAGCACAUCUUCUGAAAAAUUGUACUGAAAAGGAUCCACCAUGUCCAGUGAUUUUAUGCGAAAGAUUGGGUUUUGAAAUGAAGAAACGAUAUGACCAAACCGAAUUACAAUUAUUAUUGAGCCCUGCGGUGGUACUAGUUUCAGAUAACUUAAACAGAUCAUCAAAAGAUAAACAUCUCAAUCAUGGAAAAUUAACUUUAUCAUCAUUACAAAUCCGCGGUCAUGCCAUGUUCUCCGACGUGGGUCAAUCGUUAGAUCAAGAUACAGUGGAGUACGCUUGGUUGGUGGAAAUGUUACUAGGAAAAUUGAGCGGUAAAAUAACAACAGCUCAACUCUAUUCUAUUCUGGCGUGUCUAGAAACUCUAAUUUUGCUUAUAAUCGAUGACGAAAAUGAAUUGAACAGUCCCAAAGAUGAUGUUAUUUUGAGUCAACCGGUGGUAAAGAAAAAGAGUACACAAUCUGUACAAAAUGUUCACGUACAGCACGUACAACAAGCCAUUCAGCAACUAUUGCAACCAAAAAAUAGCGCUAAUGUUAGUAACAAGGCUGCACAAACCACCAAUGUAUCUAACAAGAGUGGUACACCUUUAGGAAAUUUAGGAAAUACAAAACCAUCUGUCAAAACAGACAAGAAAAAAGAAGAAGAAAAGAAAGGUUCAGUAAGAAGUAGUGUAAUGACAACAAUAGAAACUAAUGAAAAUUUAAGCGAGCACAAGUUAAAAUAUAAAUUGAGUAGAUUAGCAGUUGAUGCAGUAGAUUUUUGGCUUGUCGAAUCUGGUGCUGCACUACAGAUAUGGAUGUCUCCUGUUCGAUUAGCAACUUGUAAUCUACACGGUAAACAAGUAAGCUCUGGUUUAAGCUGUAUAAUAUACAGCAUGUCUCUCCGACAACUCGUCUGGCAUCCCCAUAAAUACAACCAUUCCAAGGUUAAUUAUGACACCAACGAUUUAUGGUUAGAAGUGGGUGCUGUAAAUUUGGGACCACUAAUUAUAGAAUCAGCAAUAUCUGCGGACGUUAAGGAACCUAAUCUGUUCAAUGAUCAACAAAAAUUUUUGAAAAUGCACGACGACCGUUGGAAAAAGUUGUGGUUUUUGUGGCCGAAUUUGAAUAAAACAACGGGAAAAUGUGGAUGUACCGGCGGUUGUUUAUUUUUCGGAACCAAUAUCAAUGGUACCAGAUUUUUCAAACCCAGCAAAAAAGAUUUAGAAGAAGGGAUGAACGUCGCUGCUUUUUGUGUGAAUCCCCCUGGGAGAGACUUGGGAUAUGGUCAAAGUAUUCUUCAUGAAGGAAUGUUAAUAUUCAGAACUCCCCCGUAUAUAGUAUCAGAAAUUACUCUCCAGGACAACCAAAUGGGAUUGAGACAGUCUAGAAAAUAUUGCGAAAGUCCCAAAAUCAUUCACCUAGAAAGAGAAAGAUCAGUGGAAAAAGAAAAUAUUAUCAGUGAUAAGAAAGUUAACAGAAGGUUCUCAUCAACGUCAAUUAAGAGUGCUUUAUUGAAAGAAGUUCCGUAUUCUAGACUGAUUGAAACCAGUCCCGCGAAUUUACCUACGAAAUUAGACAGCGAUUCUAAGCUACAAUGCGAUAAGAGUAAAUUGACAGUGGGUAGUGUUUCCUCGGAACCCCUACCUAAAAAUAGCGUAUCAGAUUCAAAAUUAGCCGUUGACUAUUUUAGCGCCAACUCUGGGGACUUCAAAGAACAAUAUUCAAUGACUCAAAGUGGCCCUCCAAGCAGUGAAGUCCCAGUUUCUCCGCAAUUAAUGAAUAAAUCAUUUGCCGGCUCCGAAUCCAACCAUUCCUUGAGUCGGAUGAGUUCUGAUGAAAGAUUGAGAAAAGAAGUACAAAGGACUACAUCCAUGUCAAGCGAAAACCAUUCUGAAGCUUUUUUUUCCGCAGAUGAAGAUAUAAAUUUGAAUUCUAGAAGCUCUAGCUUGAGGAAUUCAAUUUUAAGCGCACGAGAUCCGAUAAUGAGACAAGAUAGUAAUAGCGCUCCUACACAAAGAAAAAAGUUUUCCAGUGAAUUGAGUAUAGCUACAGACAUAAAUGGAUUGCCUCAUAAAUUAGCAACUGGACAAAUUAUUACACCAAACAGUGUACAGGACACAUAUAGAUUGAAAUUAUCGACCCAUAGAAGUGAUCACGAGAUACAUACCCCAGAACAUAGAAGUUUCGUUGCGGGAAAGCAAUUUGAUGAUCAUCAACGAACAGUUCAAGGACUUGUAACUCCUCACCGUUAUCCUACAGUGCGAUCUGUUAGUCCGAAACCUAUACCGGUAUCCUAUGACGAGAGCGAUUUAUUGGAAAAUUCUACUGAUGAUAUUGACGACGCCCUCGCCGAUUCCUCUGACAGUUAUAGCAAUAAUAGUUACGUGUCAGCUAUAGGAAGUCAAGAAGAUUUUACUUUGGUCGAUUUACAUAUGCAGGUUAAUAGAUUAAUAGUCGACUCACCUAUGUUGAUGUCCAGUUACGUUACCCAUUUGACACAGGUUAAGUGUAACAAUUGGGGCAGUAACGGACAGGUCGAUCAGUUUUCUCAACAUAUGUUCGAGAAGAAUGUUGAUAAUAAGUUGGUAUACAUUGGUGGUAGAUUUGUGCCUAAUAUGGAAACUGUCAAUGAUGGCAUAACAUCUCUAAAAAUGGUAUCUAGAUCAGAUAAUAACAAAACACCUACUUCACCUUUUAUGUAUGUUUGGGAUCAGGAAGAAUUAGAAAACGAGUCCGGGUCUAUUCAAGAAGAAGAACUAUUGGGUAAUCAAAAUGAUGGUUGCUCUAGGACUACCUUAAUUGUUAAAUUGAAAGGAGAUUUGGAUGUUAUGAUUAGUCCAUUACUUUUGGAAACUCUACAAAGAUUUAUAGAUGCUCUAACUCCAACAGUGGCCAACUUACAUCCUCUAACUGUUAUAAAUCACCUUCAUACUUCUUGUAUCGGGCAAGUUGAAUCCGCUAAUAUUUUAAAAACUACAGAAAAUGUCGCCAAAUUAUGUCAACCUCCCAAUGAAGAUAAUAAAGUCAAACCGAUGAAUGUGUAUGAGGAAACAGUUAAAACUCAACUACAAGCAGCAAUUUUUUUGCCCAAGGUGAAUGUUACUCUACUGCAAGUAUCAAUUGUUGAAGAGAUUAUUUCCUUCUCUGCAUUGGACAAUAUUAAAGAUCUGACUUGCGUUUCGUUGUUUUCUGUUUGUUUUGACAACAUUACAGUCAAAUUGCAUUGCGACAAACAGGCUAAAGAAGUACUACAGAAAUUCCUGAGACCAGCUGUGGUGCGCAGCGGUAGCAAAAAAGGAGCAAAUAGAGCAAAAACACUACUUGGUUUUCAAACAAAUACGAAUUCCGACGUUAUACAGUGCGAUCCAGUGUUUAUCGAAAGUUGUGAAAAACAACAACAGCAAUUAGUCAUUAGUUUGAAUAUAGGUAAAAUGCACGCUCAAUUAAGAAGAUUGAGAAACGAAAGUUCACUGUUAGAUGACGCUAUCAUCACUGCUAUACCCAAUUAUAAAUCAAAAGUAUUAUUUACACCUACCAAAGUUAGGUCGUUGUAUAGAGGAAUGGAAUAUUACUUACAGUCGCCAGAUUGUGAAAAUACGAAUAUUCUUUCUGAUGAUAUAAGCAUCGACGACAAACUGGGUUUCAUAAUGUUCGAAUGUGGUUUGGAAGGAGUCACAAUAAAAAUAGUAAAAAAGUCCUUGUUUGAACAUGUCGAAGAUGAUUCUCGUCCGCAGCAAAUUCCAGAAAAUGUUGAAAAUUCCGAUAAAUCCAUCCACACCACUCCCAGAUUAUCAGAAAACAAAGUCCAAGGACUCCUAACGCCUAAACUUAAAGAAAAAGACAGAAAAUCGACCCAAGAAGAUGUACCUAAUAAAUCAGACAAUGAUGUUGAAAAUAAGGAAAUAAUUCCAGUUUCUAAAGACAACGGAAAUGUAUCAUCUUGUAUCAUUGAGUUUCGUGUAGUGUGGUUCAACUUUGCAGCACCUCCUAGAGCUCCUAUAACCAGAAAGAUAGAUUAUACAAGAUUAGACUGGAAUUUAUUGAGCACGGCUUCACCUGCGAUUAACGCUUGGAUGAAUCCAAGUAACAGAUUAGCGAUUAGAGUAGUUCAUAUGGUCCGAACUAUGUACAAACGAUCUACUGCUACUAUAGCUUGUUUGAUGGCUGAAGCACUCGAAGGACAGAGAAUUACACUAACCAAGAGUCGUUACGGCAAGUUAACUCCGUUAGCUCAAACUUUACAAGAAGAUCCAAGCUUGCAACUAUGUUCAAUUUUACAAAAAUAUUAUUUAGACGCCGAACCGUCUCAAAUCGAAUCAAAUUUACGUGAAUCCGAAAUACCGCCGUUGUUUACUCUGCGACAAGGUGUAAUUGUUCUUAGCAGACAAUGGAAAAACACUCUGUAUACUCCUCUAAUGCCUCAACAUUCGAUAAAGAGUAGAAUAAAACCAGUCAAUGUUACUAUCACUGUACCUGAUAUACAAGAGGAAACGUGCAUGACGGACGGUGAGGUGAGCGGUAAUGAAGAACCUGAUAUAACCGACGAACAUGCGCGGUUGCUACAUGCCGGUAUCAUUCUUAAGCCAAACGCUCAUAGAAACAUGGCUCAAAACAAAGAGAUUUUUGGUACUUUACAACCGUCACCACAUAUAUCAAGAUUAGGGGAUUCAUCAAGUACGACACCACAAGUGGCUGUAGUAUCUGAAGGUGUUGAAAGUAUUUUAACAUCUCCAAGUCCACCAAUACCUCACAGAAAACGUAGAAAGAGUGUCUUACCGCCUCUCCAACCUCCUAACAGUAGCAGGGCUAGUGUCGUCUUGCCGCUUUUAACUAAUGCUAACCUGUUUGCAGCUAAACGUCAAGAUGAUAAUUUAUGUUAUGGUACCUUACGUGGAGAUAAAGCAUUUGCAACAUUAGGUUCCGAUCCUAGUGAUGUCUGUAGUCAUUCAAGUCCAGAAUUACCAUCCAGUCCUUUGCACAGAAAUUUAGCUCACGAACAUUCUUCAGAAGACUUGUACAGUUGGAUGGCUAAGCAGGAUGCAGUAACAUCAAAUUUAGAAGGUUGUUUGGAGUCUAAAAUAGAUACAAGUCACACUCAGUCAUCUGUAGAUCCAGAUACAUUACCAAAAGAAGAAGUAUCAGCACCCGGUAUUCCCUUCUAUCCCAUACAAGAGUCUGUAAGACUUUUGGACGCCAAUCAAGUGUUUCAACCUCUACUUUCUGGUCUCGGCGUGAUGCCUCAACAAUUAAGAUUCACAACAAUGUCAGACUCUGGAGCAGGACAUGAAGUGACGACAUUAGACGCACUUGGUUCGAAUUUCUGCUUAGUAGGAAAUAUGGAAACGAUGAGGAUCGAUAUAGUUGUUUCGGAACAUGGAAAGGUGGAAAAGAAAAAAGGAAAGAAUAAAGGCAAGAGGUUAUUUAUUGAAAUUAACGCCGACGAAUCACCGGCUUUUGUUUGCGAAAAAAUUGGCGUAGAAUUAGAAAUAGACAGGAUGACUGAUAUAGCCGUAAACGAAAUGAUGAAAACUAAAAAUGUGUUGUAUAUAUCAAGAGGUCAACUUAAAAAUCACACCAGUACGGUAAUUAAUUUCACUAUUGGGGUACGUUACAUACAUCAAAGGGUAAACAUGCCUCUACUACGAUUAUUACAUCAGAUCAGUAACAUGUAUCAAAACGUUAAAGAUACUCAGAACGAAUUAAGGGAACAACAGCCGGUUGAUAUUAGGAGACCAAAAACUAGCUCCAGUGAUCAUGCCGAUAUCAAACAUCAUUCAUCAAAUUCUGAUAUUCAUUUUCCUACUACAGACAUAUCGAAACAGCUCAGUUUAAAAAUCUCCGAUCCCGGCUCUUAUUCCUCCCAGCAUAAACCAGUUAUAUCACCCUCUCCUAGCAUACGUUCUCGUCCUCAAAGUUUCGCACAAAAAUUACGUUCUACGGGUAAAACUGUUAAAGGUUAUGUCAAUUUAAGCGAAGGCGCCGGUACCCCGAUGACCAUGUCCAGUCCCUCGGUGUCUGCACUAGAUCAUAUUACCGUUUCAUCGGACAAAAGCACCGGUAGAUGUUGGAAAACAAUUUAUUAUUUAUUGGAAUUGUACGCCAAUAUGCCGGAUACUAAAACUAUUAAACACAGAUUCUCAGUGGGGAAUAACGAUAUUUCGGAACAAUAUAAAGGAAGUAGAAAGUAUGAUAUCUUAACGGAGAUGAGAUCUAGUGAUUAUAUGGAUAAACAAGAGUUUAAUGGUACAUCUAGUAAAGAUAAUAACAAAGGUGAAGGUGAUAAUAAAAAAUAUAUUUAAAAUUUUGACAAAAAGGAUAUUUUAGGUUUAUCAAACGAGCAUACUAAACUGAUCGUUUUUGGGGUAGCUAGAAUCCACAGGACAAGACUGUUAGCCACACUAUCGGGAUUAAAACUAGAAGCCGAGAUAACGAGUCUUCAUUCAUCGUUAACUUGUCGAAAAAAAUCGUUUCCUCAGAUUCUAGAAUGUUCUCUAACAGGUCAAGUUGGUAGAACGAUGAUUGUAUUAUUGGAAGGCGUAGCACCGAAUCUACAAACCGUUGUUAAAGUUACUAUAGGAAAAUCGCAAGCUUUGUAUUCUAGCAUUACAAAACGACAAAAGGAUAAAAAUUCGGGUUUGCUCACUGUGGGAGCUGUUAACAUAGAUAUCCCACAACACCCUGUAGCUCUGCACGGAAUGGUAACAAGAGGCAGUAAACAACUGAGCUCCACUUUACAAGAGUUGAGGGUAACAAGAACUUCCAGCAGAUUGUCGAGGUUACCUAUGGAAGAUGAACAACAAAGCUCACCAAAUCAUAAUAUCAGAGAUGAACAUAUACCCAAUACAACAGUAAAUAAACCAAAUGUGAACGAAAAGGGGCUAUUGCAGCCUUUGGUAAUGCAAUUUUCUGUUAUUCUACAGAGUCUCAGUAUAACAGCAGCUCUUCUUCCAUCGUUACAAGCCCAAUACAAAAUGGAUCAAGUAAAUAGUACCGGUUUCACAGGAAGCAAAGCCAGAUUCACAAUAGACCUACCGCAUCAUUCCCUCAGUUUCACCACAAAAUUACCCCAAGGUUAUAACCAAAAUGAAAAAGCGGAGACAAAUUUACCUUCGGAAGCCAGUAUUGCGUUACCAGCAGUUCACGUUGUGGCUGAGUAUAUUCCGGAAAAUGCAGCGAGCGAAGUUAGAGGUCCGGAAGGGGUUAUUUUUAGAGAAGGUGGUUAUUUGAACGCUAACGCUGAUAUUGGAGUAUUUGAACAUAGUUUAACCACUGAUUUAUUGAAUCAUCUGGUAUUUGUACAGAAAGUUUUUAUGAAAGAAGUCAACGAAGUUGUUCAGAAAGUUUACGGAGGCGAGAGACCAGUACCUAUAUGGUUAGAAGAUUCCGAAGAACCGUCUAGUGUAAACAGACUGUUAUUUUCUUUGGUAAUUAAAAUGCAGAGGAUGCAAUUGACUGCGACGACAGCAGGAAGCUCAGCUGUUCGAUUAGAAACUGGUGCGGUUGUAUUGGAAGUAUCCAAUAGAGUUCAAAAUUUAUCCGGUUCCACUAAAAAGAAUGCAAAUACGAGACUUUUCGGUAAAGCUCAGGUGGAUCUGAAUGUUUCUUUGGGUCAAUUAAUAAGAAAUGCCGUUUUCGAGGAAGCCGAUAUUGAGUACCAACCAGUAGCUUUCUUUAAUACAAGAAUAGCCUUAAGAAACGCCUUCCAGGAUGAACUAAUUGAAGGUGAGGAUAAAGAAGUAGUAUUAAUAACACUCAAACGCCCUCUUAUUUACGUUCAACCAGUCGCCGUCGACAAAGCCAUCCUAGUAUGGCUGAAUUAUAAAAACGCUUAUGAUUAUUGGACAGAAAAACGUGCCAAUUUAAACAAAGAAGUUCUGAAUGCUACCCAGCAAGUCUACGAAAAAUUCCAGUUAGGUCAAUUAACUAGCCAGCUGAGCGCACCUUAUGUGGGCACCUUGUUUUUGCAAUUAACCGUUGAAGACAUGGGAAUCUGCUUACCAUUGAAUCCUCUACCUUUGGCCACUUGGAAUCAAAGAAAUGUUUAUGAUGAUAAUAGGGGAGCCGUGGUUAUCACAUUGGAAAAUACCAGUAUAUCAGCUUGUAACUCUGGAUCCCUUGUGAGCAAAGGUAAAUUUUCCAAUCUUUGUCUUCGUUUCGCUGAAGAUUUUGAAAAUUCUCUCGACGAUUGGAAACCUGACAUGACAGAUUCAUCCAUCAUGAAUCUAUGUGUAGUUAGCGAAGGCACCUACGAAGUGUGUUCUCGAACCAUAGCCGCUAAACAACCUAAUGAAAAUGCGAAAUGGUUUUUGAACGUUCAGUGGCAGAUGGAAGGAGUCGAUAUUCAACUGGAUACUAACGUGGGUAAACAAUUAUCAGCUUUAGGUCAUACCUUGACGAUGUUAACUGGCGCUGAAGAUACCGGAAUUCCCGUAGAUUACGAUAGCGACGAUAAUGAACCAGGGGAUGGUACUAGAGCUUCUCAAGAAAGUAUAUUACCUGCUUUCAUGUUCGAUCCAACGUUGGAUAAUAAGAGUAGGUCUAAACUUAUAGAAAAAGAAAUGAACGAGCAAGCUAAAAUUAUAAAUGAUCUAAGAUCACUCGGAGCUUCCCAUGGUACUAUAGAAAUGGAAAUGAAGAGAUUACAAGAAUUGGAAACUAUGGUUUAUAAAGAUUUUAGAAGGGAUAUGCUGCAGAAACUACGUAGACAGAGUGUAAGAGCCUCUUCUAUUAAAGGAAAAUUUGGUUUGGGCUCUAAACCAACUACGUUCAGAUCAAAAUCCUUUGUGGCACCUAGUCCUAUGCCAGAAGGAAGAGACAGCCCUGAAAUAGCAAAAACCAGCAUUGAAACAAACGUAGCCAGUAGUAGCUAUGAAAGCUCACCUAGAUCUGGACCUUCUCGAUCUGCUUCAUUAAGGGUAAAAGUUGGUGACCCUGGUCCUAGAGUGACUUUCAGCGAUACACAGACAAUGGGAAGGCAAAAAUCAUUACCUAGUGCAAGUUCAGAUCUAAGUCUACCAGAAACGCAACUAGGUGAUUGGGUAGACCAAAUAGAUAUAGACGGAGAAACUGUUACACUGAGAAAAAAGUUACCAGCAUCUUAUGAAUCUGUAGAGGGGUCGGUUAUGUCUGAUUCUUUCUCUGAUCAAACUCUGGGCUCGAGUCAUUUCCAAAGUGGUAAUAUCAAUACUUCAUCUUUAACGCAAAAGGCUCCAGAACCAAACAUUGAUCUAGAAUUAGACGUUAAAGUUUUUAUAAACAGUGGAAGGUGCGCGCUGCAUACCAAAGAUCCUGCUAGAGAAGAAGAAAACAAAAUAACUCGCAUGAGAAAAGACAGAAGUUGUUCCGCUGGCCUUCUGGAAUUUCCUUCUUCUUCUAGUCCCGAUGCCAUUCGUAAGAAUAAAGAAAAACUAUCAAUACAAACCAGUACCAGUAAACUUAGAGGUUCUGGGCACAAUUCCGUUUCAGAGAUAACAAUUUUCCAUAUACCAGGCAUGGAUGUAAAAAUACAAUACCAAUCGAAGGUAAUUACUGAAGAUACAUCUUCUUCUGAAAGGAACGAGCCAGAUUUUGAGAAAACAUUCCAGCAGACGCCAAACAAACCUUGUGGAGAAUCCGAUCAAGUUAGAAUAGAUAGAGCAUUUAAAAAACAAGAAACUCAUUCCGUUGAUAUGAAACCAAAGUAUAUAUCUGAUUUCGAUUUAAAGAAUUCCAGUUCUAUGCAAGGAAUAACGAAUCCCAAUUACGGACACAGUCCAACUUCCAGUAAAACCAGUUUAGAUGAUCUGCAGUUUGGUAAUUUCACUCCUCCUGGUGAAUAUCAAAAACCUGUGACUGGUAAUGUUUCAUUCGGUAAAAAAUGUGGUGUGAAAAAAGCUUCUUUGUUCGCUUGGAUGACUUUGCAAAGUGUACCAGAAGAAACUAUAAUCAGCCCCCAUAUUUUGGAAUUUUUAGAACAAACUUUGGAACCGAUUCCUAUAAAAACUAUAUCUGAUACAGAUACAUCAUUAUUAACAACGGAACAAGAUUUGACAAAUUAUGGGAAUUAUGUAUAUGCCAGUUUCCCGGUAGACGUCAUAGUAUAUUUCCACAUGCAACCAAGCACAUUCCGGUUCAGCUGUUUACCUGUUUCGAGAGUCGAAUGUCUUCUGCAACUACCAUCUCUAGAUAUCGUUUUCAGUUCUAAAAGAGCCGAAGAUGAUCUAAUUUAUAGCGAAUUUGGAGACGGUGCACCUAACACGGCUGCCUCUGCUGUCGGUGGUCUGAGCGUAACUAGUUGUCUUUCCGAUUUCUCGGUGUACGUUUUCCAUCCAUAUGGAGGUAAAAAAUCUGCCAUCAAAGAAGCGCAAUGGUCACCUUUAUCAGAUAGUGAAAGAAAAGAUUCGCUCUCCAUUAACGUGGAAUUUGUUAAAUUUCAUCUCUCCCGUUCUAGAAUGCUGAAUUUCAAACAAGAAUCCACAAAAGGCAAAGGUGGUGAUCAAAGUAGAGCCGUUAUUAGAUUCUCUACUAUUAUCGAUAUAGGUUCGGCGUCUUUUAAAUACGAUAUGAGACGUUUAACAGAAAUAUUAGCGUUCCCAAAGGCAUGGUAUAGACGUUCUAUAGUACGUCGUAUGUUCCUAGGAGACUUGAGCAUGUCUACGCCAUUUAAUGAAGAAGAAGACACAUUUUCAUCUCACAAUGCAUCACCUAAUCUAUCCAGAGGUCAUGAAAGAUCUAGUAAAACUGACAAAUCGUCCCAUUUGAAUACCAAUGACCGUCACAAAAUGAACACAGACUCCGAUCAUGUACAAAAUAAAUUGAGAGAUAUGGGAAAAACUAUGAGUAUAGAAUCAAAAGAUCUAGAUACUCCGAGUCCUUCGGAACACAAAAAUUGUUCAGCUUGGGAAACUUUAGUCUUAUUUGCAGUAAACUUCAAGAAACUAAAUGUUCACAUGAAUAUGGGAAAUGUUAUGGGAAACGUUUCUUGGUUGACGAAGGAAUUUAGAAGUGAUGGUAGAUUAAGUAUUGGUUCAACUGGACAUAAAAAUUUGUACAUCGCUCUAGGUCUUGGAGGUUCAGGAUUAGAUGCAAAAGGAGGUAUUGUCGGUGGUAAUAUCGAAAUAUCCCGCAUCAAUACAUAUAUUUAUAUCCGAGAAGAGGCGAAUGUAGAACCUGACCACAAGGUAGGAUUGCGACUACAUGCACUAGAACUGCGUUUGGACUAUAUGGCAACAUCCGUACUGAUGUGUAGAGUCAGUGAUUUGAAUGUUAAUCUUCGAGACGAAUGGAAACUUAAUAAAGUAUCUUCCACAAGAGAUUCAUUUAUGCCAACUCGAAGACCAGCAAAUAUUUUCAUGCAUGGAGUACUUGGUUGGGAUCAACUACAGAUGAUGAUUUCGAAAUCUACAACUGCGGAUUUAUUAAAGAUGUUCAACAAAUUAGAAGAAUUCUUCUCACAACAGUUCAAUAGCAGUAAAAGAGCAUUUAGUAGUUUUGCUGGAUCUGGAAGACCUUCCAGGAUAACACCGCAAAGACAAAAAGAACCUGUCCCACUUCCUCCUUCCCAAUCUACAUCAACUACUGACGCUAGACAUCAUCGUCAUUGGCAAAAAGUCCUUGCUCAUGUAGCAGGUUUACAAUUGAAAACUAUGCCAUCACCUUUACCAUCAUUUGGUACAGUCUUGGGUGGUACAAUGGAACUACAAGGAAAUAAUAUAUCUCUGGCAUGUUUUCACGGUAUAAAUUUCAAAAGCAAAUCGUGGGCUCUUUUCAGUUUGAAAGAACCAUGUAUCAACUUCAAUACGGAAAGUCAAGAAAUCCCCGCUAGUACUUCACCAGAUGAAAUUCCAAAACAAGAUGUGCAUGUUGUGCAAACUCUAACCUGCAGCUUAGGUCUAAGUACAUAUAAAACACAUUUGUCAAUGGCAACUGUUUGUAAAGUAUCUAGAAGUGUAAUAUUUCCACCACAAUUCAAGACUUUACAAGAGUGGUUCCAUUAUGCUUUUGCCAAUAGUCAAAUUGAUGAAGUCGAUAGGUUUCCGUCUUUGGAGAAGGAAAAGUUGGACGGAUCUAUGGAAAGAUCGAGAGGAACUUGCGCUUCUCCAAAACUGGCUGAUCAUAAUCAUAAUAGAGAGGUUAUAUUUGCGCUUCCUAGUUUGCAAUUCCAUCUCAAGACCGAACAUCUACAAUCAGCGGAUGUACCGGAUCUUUCAGGGGAAAAACCAAUGGUGGAUUGCAGUUUCAUUACAGAAUUUGAAGAUCAUAUUUUCGUUACAGUAGAUGCCGAAGCCUUUUUCUUUUUACACGAUCUAAUCACUUCUUACGUUAAAGAAAAAGAAAGAGUGCUUGGUGGCAUUGAAAAACGCAACAUGAACGACCAAGAGAAACCAAAACCACUUAGCGAGACGCCGAAGAAAGGUUCAAUAGACGUAGAUAUUUUUGCAAAAGAUUGGCGUAAUUACAAUUGUAAAACUUGGCAUUUGGAACCUACUGUACGUUUACUAAGUGUUGCAGGGAAAUAUAUAGAACCUUACGGUAUAGAUUACAUCUUACAGAAAUUAGGUUUCUCUCAUGCAAGAAUUACUAUUCCUAAAUGGAUGCAAAGAGGCUUCAUGGAUCCUUUGGAUGCAAUUUUGGCAGGAUUGACUUUGAGAAUGGUGCAAGUAGUAAAAGGUGAUGGAAAUAAAGACAAAGAGAAAGAAAAAGCUAUUGAAUCGAAGAAGAUUUAAGCGUUACGAGGCUUUUUGCUUAUAGUUACCCUUAUAUUUAAAUUAUGUUCUUAUUGUGAUAUUUUUGGGUUGUAUCUUAUGGGAAAUUGCUGGGGUGGAUGCAGAAGAAAUAUUGGUAUUUUUAUAGAAAUUAUAUAGUACCAAAUAUUAUUUGUUUGUAUUUCAUAUGAAUAAUUGUGUUAAUAAGCAAUUUGUUAUUUAUUAUGUUGAAAAUUAUUAACUGAAGAAUAAAGACCUGUAUCAGUU